AAAUCUGACGGUUAAUUUCAGAGUCCGCUCUCCUCUCAUCCGGGAGCGGUGUGAGCUCCGGGGAGCCUCGGGAACGGGAGCAUGGAGGACGACCUGGUGUCGGAGGAUGACAUCUUGCUGCGGUCCGAGAAGGAGCUCCACGACGCUGCCAAGAGGAACGACACCGGGAAAAUCCUGGAGCUGAUUCAGAGGGGCGUGAAUGUGAAAGCCAAAAACAAGCUGGACCGCAAAGCCCUGCACUGGGCAGCCGGAGCCGGGAACGAACAGGCUCUGCGCCUGCUUCUGGACCACGACCGCGACGUGGACGAGAAGGACAGCUUUGGCAUGAACGCUCUGCUCCUGGCAUCCUGGUUCGGUCACCCGAAGAUCCUGCAGGUCCUGGUUUCCUGCGGAGCCAAACUCAACAGCGAAAACAAAGAUGGUCUUAGUAUGCUGCACUGUGCUGCUCAGAGAGGCCAUAUCCGGGUACUGGAGUUCAUCAUGGAGGACCUAGAAGACAUCUCCCUGGACAGAGCUGACAAGUCUGGAAAGACAGCGCUUCACCUGGCUGCUGAACAUGGACAGCUGGAGGUGGUGGGCUUUCUCAUUGGCAUGGGUUGCACACACGCUUUGAAGGACAAGGAGGAGAACACGGCCAUGCAUCUCGCAGCCAAAGGAGGACACACACAGGUCCUGCUUAAGAUCGUGGACGCUGGAGUAGACGUGGACGGAAAGAACGUAGACGGACUCAGUGCUCUGCACCUGGCAGCCGACGGAGGUCAUUACGAGUGCGUCAAACUGCUGCUGGACUCGGGCUGUAACGUCAAUGCACACACCAACAGAAAUAUGAACGCUCUACACUACGUGGCUCAGCAUGGCUUUGGGAGAGAAGCCACCCUGUUACUGGAGGCAGGGAUUGACAUAAACACUGUUGACCAUCAACAUCUCACCCCGCUCCACAUGGCUGUGUCCAACCGUCACGUGCAGCUCGUUCGGCUGCUGAUAGACGCAGAGUGUGACCUGGAUGUCCCCGACUGUAGGCAGCAGACCGCCCUGCACGUAGCCGCCGAGCUGGGCUGGCAGGACGUGGCCGAGAUGAUGCUGAUCUCCGGGGUCAACCUUAACCUGACCGACAAGCAGGGAAAAACGUGUCUGGAAGUGGCAGCAAGAGGAAACCACGUCGUCAUCGUUGAUAUGAUCAUCAAGGCUGACCGUUUUUAUAAAUGGGAGAAGGAUCACAUGGGCAGUGAGCGGGACUGCUGGCUGGGCAGGCCUCUGAGCUUCAAACAGGAUCACCAGGCAGAGACGCAGCACCUCCGCUCUGUCCUCUGGAGUCUGGCCACCAAACACCUCUGCCGGGGCGAGUGGAAGAUUCUGGCCCAGCACUGGGGAUUCAGCGACGCACACAUCCGAGCCAUCGAACAACAGUGGACGGGCACGAAGAGUUUCAAGGAGCACGGCCACCGCAUGCUGCUGAUCUGGCUGCAUGGAGUGGUGAUGGCUGGACAAAACCCCGUCAAGGCCCUCUAUGAGGCCCUGGUGGAAAUCUCCCGCACAGACCUGGCAGAGUGCAUCCGGCAGAAGGCAAACGCGGAAAGCAACACAACCAAAAGCUGCUCCACCAUGUGACGACACAACCUGCUCCACCAUGUGACGCACAACCUGCUCCACAAUGUGAAGACACAACCUUCUCCACAAUCGGACGACACAACCUGCUCCACCAAGUGACGCACAACCUGCCCCACAAUGGGACGACACACAGCAGGUGUUACACAACCUAUAUCAGUGCAAUAUGGUUCUUAUUUGUCAGGAACGUAUUUCUUUACAGAAAUGUUAGUAGCAGUGGAAUUAAGAUGAUUUGCACUUUACUGAAGUGGAACUGAACGAAAUGAGGGAAAAAAUAUUCUUCCUAGCUGAAAACAGUUCAGGUGAAGGCACACUAAUAGCUGUGACAUAAAAAUGUGUUUUAUUCGAAGCAGACUACUUGACAAGAUAUCAGUUUAAACAUCUCAGGACUUUGUGAUGUGUUCACUGUCAUCAUUGCUGAGCAGGGAAAUGCACAGCAACACCGAACUGUUGGAUCUCAGACAUGAAUUCAAAUGGCAGCCACGUAAAGACACUAAAAUAGUACACCUACCAGCUGUUUUAUACUGUGUUCCAUUUCUUUCUCUGCAUUUGGGCUAUGAAGCCCUAGAGGUUUAUUUAUUUCUUUUUAGAUCCUGGGUAUCAUUCCCAGUUUUGGAUGCCUGUACAGAUGAAUGAGGUAAUACAAAGCAAGUUCAGAGAGCAAAAUUGAUCCCAGUAACUUCAAAUGCUGUUGAAGAAGUCAAAGAAUGGUCAGUGUGACAUUCUGUAGCCAAAUCUUCCUUCAAAGGUUACCUUCUGCAGAAAUGGCAAAACCAAAAACACUUCAUAAUGAAAAUGAUUCACUACAGGAAUGGGAGAGAGAGAGAGUGGCAUGCAAUGUUUUUUUUGUAAGUGUUCUUGGUUUUUGCCUUCCAAGAUGAAUUUUGCUCACCAAUGUUAAUGUUGUUGUAGGAAAUGAUUUAAUUUUAUAUCUCUUCAAAAAUAUUUUGCAUGAAAUAUAUACUUAAAAAUUAUUUAAGCCAUUCUUGUAACAUUAUACUGUAUUUUAUAAGUUGUAAAUCAUUGUCAUCUUUUAAUCUUUUUUAUCACUGUCGAAUAUGGUGAACUUGCUGUGCUUUAUUUUAGUAAAAAUAAUCAUGUUAGCAGGUUGUUUUUUUCCAUAGGCGAAAGUGGUGAAGUGCACGUUGUGUACAUUUGUUUUCUAAAAAUCAAUCAGCAAUUUUUCAAAAUAUAAUUGUCAUGCAAUGAUUCUGAAUGAGGUGAAGUGAAUAUGGAAAUUUGUAGUUGAGAGAAAAAAAUGAAUUAAAAGGUUCUGUCUUAUCAGGACAUAAUGACAUCUCAAAAUGAGACAAAAGGAAGCUUUUACUUCUGGUCUCUUUAUGUAUUUUUAAGCCAUUUUGCUCUGUAUUUGCUGGUGUGCUGGGGACCAUUUCAAUUUCAGCCAUGUUUUAGCUAAUAGACGGCAUGUUUUUUUGACUUUGUAAUAAAGACUUUCAGUCCCCCGUCAUUCAGUGAUGUUGUUCUCUGUGGUUCACCGUUAAUCUGAUGUGUUUAUUUUAAUAUGUAGUGUCUUGUUUCAGGCAAAUUGCACAGGCACAAUGUAUUACAACUCCACUUUGGUCUACUCUUAGUCCCAGAAGUCUUGUUCUUUGUUCAGAUGCAGCUCUGUGAUCCUAAA